AUGAUGGAUCCUAUGACCACAACCCCUUUCUACCACAUCAAUACAACAGAUGCCGCUGGAAGCAAUGGCUCCAUGUAUGAUGAUGACGAAGAGUAUGACUAUAAGGAUGAGCAUGCUGAGCUGAGACAGUCUCUCAACAUCAUGUCUCUCAUGGUUUACUGCCUGGCCUUUGUUCUUGGUGUGCUUGGAAAUGGAGUGGUUAUCUGGGUGACUGGAUUCAAGAUGAAGAAAACUGUCAACACAGUUUGGUUCCUCAAUCUGGCUGUGGCUGACUUUCUCUUCACAGCGUUCCUGCCCCUCAGUGUGACGUACACGGCCAUGGAUUUCCACUGGCCGUUCGGCAAGUUCAUGUGCAAACUCAACAGCACUAUCAGCUUUUUGAACAUGUUUGCGAGUGUCUACAUUCUGGUGGUGAUCAGCGUGGACAGAUGUGUGUCUGUGGUGUGGCCCGUCUGGGCCCAGAACCACAGGAGUGUACAGAAGGCAUCCUGUGUAAGUCUGGGCGUGUGGGUCCUCGCUCUGACUCUCAGCGCCCCGUACUUUAUCUUCAGAGACAUUGGUCCAUCUUAUAAUAAUGAAGAUAUCAUCAACUGCUUCAACAACUUUGCCUUCUCAGAUGACUAUGAAACUCCGUCUGUGAAUCAACUGCGACAGUUUCGUCACCAGGCCAUGACCAUCACCCGCUUCCUCCUAGGAUUUGUGAUCCCCUUCACUGUCAUUGUCUCCUGUUAUGCUGUGAUAAUCCAUCGUCUCAGGAGGAACCGCACAUUGGCCAGCAAGUCCAGUCGGCCCUUUAAGAUCAUUGCGGCAGUUAUUACUAUUUUCUUCCUGUGCUGGGCUCCAUAUCACAUCAUGGCCCUGAUUGAGUUGGUUAAUCACAUGGCUAAUCAUGCAAGUGAGACAUUGGACCAUGUCACCACUAUUGGAGUCCCCAUAGCUACCAGUCUGGCUUUUCUCAACAGCUGCCUCAACCCACUGCUGUAUGUGUUCAUGGGCCAAGACUUCAAGGACAAAGUCCGCAAAUCCAUCCUGAAUGUAUUGGAGACUGCUUUCCAGGAAGAGGUUUCCCGCUCUUACACCUACACAAACUCAAUGAUCACCAGUAGGAGCAAAGAAAAAUCUGUCUCUGAUGCUGAAGUUUAA